AUGCAGUCUCUAAGCGUUCCUCUUCUUCUUUGCCUCUUUGCCAUCGCAUAUGGAUUCCCUGAAUCCCAAAUUGUCGGUGGCAAAGAUGCACCAUCCGGGAUGUUUCCGUACCAGGUCUCCCUGAGAAAAAGCGGCAGCCAUUUCUGUGGUGGAUCAAUCCUCAACUCCAGAUAUGUUCUGACGGCCGCUCACUGUGUCCAAGGGUUAUCCGACACAUCUAAAGUCACCGUCCAUGCUGGUACCACUCUUUUGAGUUCCAAGGGAGAAACUUAUGGAGUUGAGAAAAUUGCUUCUCACAAACGUUUCAGCAUGAUCCUUCUUAUCAACGAUGUCGCUCUGAUUCGCGUUAAUAGGAAGAUCGAAUUCAAUAACUUGGUCCAACCAAUCACUUUGGCUACUGGUAGCAACACUUAUGAAGGCUCAAACUGCAUCUUGUCCGGAUGGGGAACGCUUAAGGCUGGUGGAAACCUUCCAGACAACCUUCAGUACAUAAACCUGCUUAUCCAAAGCCAAUCCAAGUGCAAACAAACUCACAUCAACGUGAGAAGUACGCACAUCUGCACUUUCACCAAAUACGGCGAAGGAGCUUGCAACGGUGACUCUGGUGGCCCUCUCGUUGUCAACGGUGUCCAAGUUGGUAUUGUGUCUUUCGGAAGACCUUGCGGUAUUGGCUACCCUGAUGUGUACACCAGAGUGUCCUCUUUCGUAUCCUGGAUCGAGGAACAACAAACUUACCUUCAAAGAGACGAAAUUGCAGCAGAAUCUGAAGAUGCUUUCUAUCUUGCCUAA